CGCAUUUCGUUUUUCUCCCCUUUAUUUCGAUUUAUUUCAAACAGAGGAUGUUGUAAAGUAUUUUUUUCGUAUGGGCAUUUGACAACGAUUACAUACUAUGCUAGUCACAGUUCUCGUGCAGUAAUAAAAUUAACAUAGAUUUCAGGAUGGUUUGAUUUGAGUCAUGAUUGGAGUAGAUCACAGUGGCCAUCUUGUUUUUCUUACUGCCAUGACCACUGCGUGGAUGUAGAACGAGGACAGUAAAGAUAUUAGAGCAUAACGUAAUAUCUCGAUACCGCAGUCUCUCCGAUUUUCUCCUAUACGUCUCUAUUCAUUAAAUGAGUGUGCUCAAGCUAUAUUCUAAAUAAAUAUGAAAAAUGAAUACGAUAACAAAUACAUUUAAAGUUGUUUUUAAGCAGGCGAUGAUAACCCCACACUGACGUCACCACUACAUGCGUUUGGGGUCCUUUGACUGAAUCUUUGAGGCGGGGGAGCGAGCAGCGCUAGCAGUAAAUGUCAUGAAAUGUUUGUGUUUUAUAACAGUGCCUAAAUUCAAACCAACCAACGGUAUAUUGAUCUGAUUGGUUUAAAAAUGGAGGAGUUAGACGUUGAGCCGACAACAACUAACAUCCCGGCCAGUGAAGGAAAUCAUUUGGGGUUUGUUUGGGGUCCUGGAGACAUAUUGGUGUAUGACACUAUCUACAAAUCAUCAGGCUCUGUGGGUACAUGCUCCUCCUUCAUCCAUGAGGUUAGGAAAGAUGAGGACAUCUACUCCCCUAUUUUACGCAAACUCUUUAAUGAAUCCCACCACAUCUUCGUCGGACUGCAGACCAUUAGAGAGGACCUGCCUAACAAAAACAAGAAAACACAGUUCGUCAGCAUCAGUAAAAACUACAGAUCAGUUAUUCGAGCGUGCAUGGAAGAGCUACAGCAAGUUGCAGUUUUAACACAAGAUACAGAAUUGGCCACACAGUAUGGAAAUCAGGUGUCAAUUCUCUUGGCUAUCGAGCUGAUCUGGAAUCUUUGUGAAGUGCUUUUCAUUGAUGCUGCUCCAGGGGGGUCUCUUCUGCUGCACCUGCUGGACUGGGUGAGGCUGCACAAGGCUGAUGUGGAUGAGAAGGCCCAGGAGGUCCUUCAGAGUGAGAGCCCCACUGAGCACCAUGGCUACUGGGAUGUGGUGCUGAGCUAUCUGAUGCAGGGCAGAAUGGACGAGGCCAGACAGAUGCUGGUGAAGUGGGGCGUGUUGAAGCCGGCUGCCAGAAGCAUGUAUAAGCAGAUGGACAACCUGCUCAGCAAGAUGCCUGUCUACAACCCUGGCGGAAGCCAGACACUGACAGAGUUCGACGUCAAAUGGAGACACUGGCACGACAUGGUGGACCACAGCCUGCAAGACAACUCCUUCGCCAGUGAUCCCAACCUGGAGCUCAUCUGCAAGAUCUUGAUGGGGGAUGAGGAUGCCAUACUGGAGCAGAAAGACCUGCUCAGCACCUGGUAUCACUUCCUGGUCACCCGCCUGCUCUUCUCCCACCCCACGGUCAAGCCCACAGAGCUGCAUUACUAUGCACAGUCAUGCCUGGCCAUGUUUGACUCGCGAAGCGCCCCAGAACCUCUGGACAGCAUCUUAUUGGCUGCCUUUGAGUUUGACAUCCACCAGGUCAUCAAGGACUGCAGCAUUGCCCUCAACAACUGGUGGUUUGUUGCCCAUCUGACGGACCUACUGGAUCACUGCAACCUCCUUCAGUCCCACAACCUACAUUUUGGCUCGAACCUGAGGGAGUUUCUGUUGCUGGAGUAUGCCUCGGGUCUGUUCACCCAUCACAGUCUGUGGCAGCUGGCGGUGGACUACUUUGACCACUGUCCCGAGUUUGGCCGCGUAUACCUGGAGCAGCAGAUUGAGCAUGUUCCCCUGGACACGGAGCGCAAGGCUCUCAAGGUCCUCAGGAUCUGUGAACAAAGGCAGAUGUCCGAGCAAGUGCGAAGCAUCUGUAAGAUAAUGGCCAAGCGGGCACUGAGGAACAACCGGCUUGGGUCUGCUCUUUCCUGGAGCAUCAGGGCCAAAGACGCCGCCUUCGCCACACUCAUAUCAGAGAGAUUCCUGCAAGACUACUGCGCCAGGGGUACCUUCUCUGAUCUAGACCUGAUCGACAACCUUGGGCCGGCCAUGUUGCUUAGCGACAGGCUCACCUUCCUAGGAAAGUACCGCGAGUUCCACAAGCUGUACGGGGAAAAUCGCUUCUCGGACGCCGCCACGCUCCUCCUGUCCCUCAUGACGGCCCAGAUCGCCCCGCGCAGCUUCUGGAUGACCCUGCUGACGGACGCGCUGCCCCUGCUGGAGCAGAAGGAGGCUAUCUUCUCAGCGGACCAAACCCAUGAGCUCAUCUUCUGUCUGGAGGACCUCACUUCCUCACUGAAGAUCCCCACGGGCCUGGAUGCACCCAUGCAGGAUGAAGACGUGGAGGUAACCAAGGUGGAACUGCUGAGACUGGCCCUGGCUAGGAACCUUGCCAUGGCCAUCGUCAAAGAAGGGACCGUGGCAGUCUGAAGACCAGUGUUUUAGCUGAAAGCCUUAGUCUUUUUUUUUUUUUUUUACCCCUCCGUGUUGUAUUGUUUUUGUACUGUAUAUUAAAUCAACUGAUUGAAACAUGCUUUUUGAUAAUAAACAGUUAAGUAAAUACAUUAAAACAGAUUUCAGGUCCUUACAAUGCACAUAGCGUAACAAAUGGGAAAAGUGCAAGGAGGUAGACGCAGUACUCACCCAUUGAAAGUAAUAUUUAUUUCCUCAUGCUGCAUACAAUUAAAACAAACAUUAUAUACAGACUGGUCUCUCCACACUUAACAUGGACACUUGACUUGCACAGAUGUUCACACCUAUUUACACUACACACACCCAAUCCACACAAUGUCAGCAACUCCCAGUGAAGCCACAAUGCUUUAAGGGAGGCCCAGGUAGGACAUCCCAUAAUGAUUAUACUGUUGUAGUUGGCAUGACCACACCAGUUGCCUAGAUUUUACAAUACACAUUUUGGGGACUUGAUAAAUCAAAUUCCUGUCAAAGGCUGUUUAAGCAACACUGAUUACAAAGAAACAAUUAAAAAAUAUCUGGGCACAUAACUGCAAUUACGGUUUCAAAAGAUGAUUACAAUUCAAUGUAAUAAAACGGCAAUAGUGCAUCAUCGCAACUCAAGAGAGCACAAUAAAAAUGCAGAAAUAAAGUGCUAGAGUUUUAUUUCUCAGGCAUUUUGCAGAUCCAUCAACAACCUUAAUAUAAUCAUUAGACAUCUCAGAAUGUCAAAAUGAUCCAUCAAGUUCUAAAAUACAAAAACAGCUCAAACACUUGAUAUGCACCAAUAAAAAACAUCACAUAAAAUAACAAGAAAUUACGCUUUUGCCCAUACAGCCUAAUGUCCCACCCUCAUCGUUCGCAACAUUUGUUCCAUUUCACAAGUCCAUCUCUUCAAAUAUAAUACAUUACUUGCUCAUACAUAUUUAAAAAUCUAUAACUUAAACCAAAGGCGUUCAAAGUGCUUGUCUGCGUGACAGUUUGCAGAUACUUCUGUUAACCUCGUAACAGUUCAGAGGUCUGUAAGGGGAACCUGAAUAGUUAUGCCGGAGUGUAUGUUUACUUCAGAUUAAAACGGGCUCAAAUCAAAACACUACUGCUUGAUUGCAGGUUUGAAAAGCAACGUGUACAGGAAUCUGCAGUUGUACAUGAGGCAAGCAAGGGGGCAGAGCAUGCAACUCGGUGGCCUGUUG